AACCAAAACUUCUGUGUUAACAUUUUGAUGAGUUUCUGACUCAAAAGUUGAUUAAUUUUUCACCACUCAAUUCCAUUCUAGCAACUGAUAGGGUCUCUUUUGGUUUUGUCCAUUUCCCUUCUUUUUCUACUUAGAAAACCCCACCAAUUAUCUUACACAGAUAGAGAGAGAGAAUUCCGUUUUUCUUACCCUUUGUUCCUUCUCUCUCGCAAUAUUUUCCUAUUUUUCUCUUGCUUUUCUUCAUUAUCUUCUUAUUCAUAUUCUGAUCAAUCUGAAACUUUAUUGUCUUUGUUUUAAAGGUAUCAACUUUGACAUUGUCUUCUUGUUAAAUAUUCUUGUCAUCUUAUCAAUUAUGAUAAGGCUUUUACCUUUUUUUUCCUUUUAUAACCAAUCCAUUGAUGCAGAUUUUAGUACCCCUUUUCCCAGAUAUCAUCAGAAGCUACCGAUCUCUCUUUUAUAAUAUUUUUUCUUAAAUAUAAGAAGGGGUACAAUUAACCUCGUAUUCUGAAUUACCCUUCAUUUUUAAUUCCUCGAUUUGGCUUCUUAAUUAUCCAUCCAGCUAAUUAUUUUCUGGGAAUGUUCUUCUUAUUUAUUCUUCCCAUAUUACUUGCAUCAACAUUCCCACGUACCGAAUUCAAAAUUUGAAGUUUAUAGGUUCCCAAUAAACUCAAAUUAAAAAAAAAAAAAAGAAAUUCUUUAUAUUUGCCCAAAGGAAAUCGAACCCCCCUCCAAAAGCAAGCCAACCUUAAGCAAGUUUCAGUAUUGCUUUGUUACUAGGUUUCCAACAGAUAGUUCUUAUAUAUUUAAUCAAUUUUUUAAUAUAAAUACAGGAUUUGCGCAAAAGUUACUGAGUUCCCGAGAAUCCGCACCGAUGAUGACCCUAGGUCCACCCCAGCCCACAUAAAUUACAAUUUGAUUCACUUCUUUCUUUCACCCACCAUUCAUUUUCUUCCAUUUGCAAUAAUGGGUUGUGCAACUUCAAAGCCAAAAGUAUGCCAAAAUUGUCAUACACCAUAUUCCCCUGUAAGGAGAAGUUACUCAAUGUACAUACCAAAAAAGAAAGAUAUUAAUGAGAGUGAACAACAACAUAUGGUGAGUCUAACAUCUUCAACAUUAGGAUCAUUGAAACUUGACUCAAUGAACUUGAGUCAAAGUCUCAGGGAUGAUCAUUUUGCAUUCGAAAUCGAUGACUACCACGCAACGAAAGAUGAGUUGUUGAUUGAGGCAAAAACAUGGUCACAAAUGAUCAAUGAGAAAAUUCCAAAAGUGGUUAUUCCUAAAACACCAGUAAAAACACCACCAGGUGAGCCAGAAACUAUUAAUGCUUGGGAAUUAAUGGAAGGUCUUGAAGAUAUUACUCCUCUUAAACCUAAAGAAAAUGGCAAAGAUAUUAGUUUCUCUUUCACUGUUUCUCCUAAUACAAUAUCUUUUCUUGAUGAUCAGCCUAAAGAAAAUGGCGAUGACUUGCCUAAAAUGGCUGAUAAUGAGUCUAGUUUACAUUCAACUAGCACGUCUAUAAUAUCUGAUUUUGAUCCUGAAGUGAUUUCCACAUUCAGAAAAGCACUCGAAGAUCUUCCACCAGCUAACCCUUUUCACUUAAAGCCAUUAAUUAUCGAAACCAUGCACGGACCGAAUGAUGAGGUAAAUGGAGAAGUACUGGAAGCUCGGAGAUGUGAAGUACUAAGAGAGUAUAAAUUGGUGUUGCCUCAUGAGAAGGACAAAUUAGUAAUUUACUUUACGAGCUUAAGAGGGGUGAGGAAAACAUACGAGGAUUGUUGUCACGUUCGUGUGAUUCUAAAGGGACUAGGUGUUAAGGUUGAUGAGAGAGAUGUUUCAAUGCAUUCAGGAUUCAAGGAGGAGUUGAAAGAACUAAUGGGGAAAGAAUAUGCUGGAGGAGGAUUACCAAGGGUGUUUUUGGGAAAAAAGUACAUUGGUGGGGCUGAUGAAAUACGGAGAAUCAACGAGGAUGGGAACCUCGAGAAGUUAGUAGAGAAUUGUGAACGGAUAGAGGAUGGUGGUGGUGGUGGUAGUGUUGUUGGAAAUUUAGCUUGUGAGGCCUGUGGAGAUAUUAGGUUUGUGCCGUGUGAGACAUGCUCGGGGAGUUGUAAAAUUUACUAUGAAGCAGACUACGACGAAUUGGAAAUUGAGGAGGAAGAUGAAUAUGGCUUCCAACGAUGCCCGGAUUGUAAUGAGAAUGGACUUAUACGAUGUCCAAUUUGUUGUGAUUAAGGUUCACUAACAUUUUCCUGUUUCUUUCCUUCUUUUUUCUUUUCUUGGUUAAUUGUUUUGAUAAGAUAAUUGUUGUAUAGUAAAGAGUUUUUUAUUUGUGUUAGGAAUAUAAUGUAUUUGCAGUAUGAUAAACCAGCACCCUGUUUUCAAGCUCUAGAUUAUGUAAUACAAUCCCAAUCUUUUCUUGGUUAAUUGUUUUGAUAAGAUAA